AUGGCAAGAAAGCAUAAGAACUCCCUAAUGAAGACUUCGUUCACCGAUGAUAUAUACCUUGUUGACAGGCCUAAGAAAUUCACUAUGCCUUCCUUUACCCAGUUCGAUGGUACAGGAGAUCAUUCUCGUCACCUCGAUCACUAUGCACAGAAGAUGGCUCUGGACGAUCACAACGAUCCAUUCAAGUGCAAAGUUUUUCCGACUAGCCUAACAGGAGCUGGAAGCAAGUUCCAUACCUCCCUAGUCAAAUAUUCUCCUCCAGAUAUCCAGACUAUCAAUACUAGGGCACAGAUCUACAUCCGACUUGAGGAGAAUGUAGCCCACCGAGCACAGCAUGCCACCCUCGUCACAGUAAAGAAUAAACCUCGAGAAAAAGUUUUAAAUUCAAAAAGUCAAAAAAACCAGCUUGCCUCAGCACCGGUCACUCAGGUACCUGAGAAGAGGUAUAGGACAGAGGAAAGGUUCACACCUCUUCACACCACCUUGGCUCGGCUGUUCCAAGAAAACAAGAUAAGAUUCGCAGCCCCUCAGCCAAUGAGGCAACCCUUAGAGCAGAGGGACAAAAGCAAGCACUGCGCCUACCAUAGAGAUUACGGGCAUACAACCAAUGAUUGCAGAUCCCUUAGGCGGCAAGUCGAGAACAUGAUAAUCAGGGGUGAGUUGACAAACUACCUCACAGCAAAGGAGUACGUGAAGCUUCUGGAGGUCAAUCCUCGAAAAGUAGAAGGCACUCAAGUAAAGGUCAUCCAUGCAAUACAUGGGAGAUCAGAGGAUGACCAAGAGUCGAAGGAAGUAUAUGGAUUUAGGCUGAGGGCAGACCAUAAGCUAAGGAAGUUAUCCUCGGUGAACACUAUCACUUCAGGCAGUAUCAGUAUUGGGUUCGGCAAUGGAGAUUUAUCUAGAGUUCAACUCCCCCACGAGGAUCCACUAGUCAUCAGUCUUCUGGUGGCAAAUUGCAUGAUCAAAAGGAUUUUGAUAGACCCAGGUAGUAGUGCCAAUAUUAUCACAAAGGCGGUCUUUGAGCAGCUGGAGAUCCCGUCAUCAUCAAUUCUACCCACCUCCAGUCCCUUAAUAGGAUUUGAUGGCACGAAGGUGGACCCCAUUGGGGUGAUUGACUUAUUCGUCACUACGGCAAAAAGGACAUUAAAGGAGAACUGUGUUCUAACAGAAAUCCAUCAUUCUUAUAAUCUCAUUAUGGGAAGAGGCUAG